CGAGUUGUAAAACGUUGGCGCCAGGUGUCUGGCCAGUUGUCAUUUAGUGCGUGGUCUGAAAAACGACAACAAAAAUGGACUAAAUGUAAAACUUUGUUUAAUAUAAUUGGUUUCUUGAAAUAGAGAAAAAACAGUGUGUGAAACAAUAUAACAUACUUGUUAUUGUAUUGUAAUAAAAUGGGUCUCGACUUUGACAUUCGUGAGUUUCUUAACCACAUCAGAGCAACUAAACCGCCGUAUGAAUGCCCCGCGAAAGACUGCGGCAAAAUCUACAAAAGUUUCGCGGGCAUUCAAUUCCACUUGUUUAAUUUCAAUCAUGAAAAUCCUGGUAGUUCUUUACCUUCAUCAGAAUCACCACAGCAGGUUUUGACUUUUGCAGAAGCCCAGAAGAUUGUUGAACUUGAAAUUGAUAGCAAACUUCAAAGGAUAAACAUUUUUGACUCCAUAAGCUUUGUGGGCAAAGAGGACUAUGAGAAUGAAGUGCCUAUGAAAAAUGAAGAAACACCAAGCCAAGACUAUGCCAAAACUCCAACAAGUAAAAGUCACACUCCAAAACAUCUGCAGAAAAAGACCCCGAAGCCAGUUGAACCAGUGGUUCGCAAAGAAGAAAAAGUCUCCCCUCCUAAGCUGCCGGAGGCAUCAUUUUCCAUCAUCGAAACAUGGAGCCAGCCAGAUGCCCCAGAAAGACCAAAGUCUUACUAUCGCUUCAUUGAGAAAUCUCCUGAUGAAAUGGAAGAUGAAGUGGAAUUUGAUAUGGACGAAGAUGAUUUUACUUGGCUAGAGUUGAUAAACAAACAAAGAAGAUUUGAAAACCUUUCUGAAGUAAACCCAGAAUCAUUUGAAUUGCUAAUGGAUCGACUGGAAAAAGAGUCUUACUUUCAAAUGCAAAGUUCUGGGAAAGAUCAAGGACCACCUAUCGAUGAGGACGCUGAAUGUUGCAUAUGCAUGGAUGGAGAAUGCCAAAACAGCAAUGUGAUCCUCUUCUGUGACAUGUGUAAUCUCGCUGUCCACCAAGAAUGCUAUGGUGUCCCGUAUAUUCCUGAGGGCCAAUGGCUUUGUCGUCGAUGUCUACAGUCACCUUCACGAGCGGUUGAUUGUGCUUUGUGUCCAAAUCGAGGAGGUGCUUUCAAACAAACGGAUGAUAACCGAUGGGCUCAUGUAGUUUGCGCUCUGUGGAUACCAGAAGUCUGCUUUGCUAAUACAGUUUUCCUUGAACCGAUCGACAGCAUACAAAACAUUCCUGCCGCUCGUUGGAAAUUGACGUGUUACAUUUGUAAGCAACGAGGAGCUGGAUCUUGCAUUCAGUGUCAUAGGGCCAACUGUUACACGGCGUUCCAUGUCACUUGUGCGCAGCAGGCUGGGUUACACAUGAAAAUUGACACGGCCAAAGACUCACCAAGCAGUGGACCCAAUAUCAGCAUCCGUAAAGCGGCCUACUGCGAUGCUCACACACCAGCCGAUUCUGAUUCAAAGCCAUUGGUCGGUGAUCACGGAAUAGGUGAGGUUAUUCGCAAAGCGCAGUCGAAAGCUGCUUUCCGCGAGAAAAUGCGAAAGGCUCGUAAAAUCCUGGCAGAGAAACGUUCUGCAGCUCCUAUUAUUUCCAUCCCCACUAUACCUCCUGAACGCGUCCAGGAAAUCGCUUCUUCCGUUCCCCAAAUUCAAGGGAAAAUUCGAUUUAUCCAAAGAUUGAUUGCCUACUGGACUCUGAAACGGCAGUCCAGGAAUGGUGUGCCUCUUUUACGUCGUCUUCAAACAAGCCAUCCUUCGCGUAGGCCAGCAUCUUCAGCGGCAACGGGCUCUGGGUCUGGAUCAGGAUUGGGCGGUGAUCAGAUUGUUCAGCCUGACGAUCUCUUAGGCCAACUGCGUUAUUUUCAACGACUUCGUCAGGAUUUGGAACGAGCUCGGCUGUUAUGCGAGUUGAUUCGCAAAAGAGAGAAAACGAAGCGAGAAUUGAUGCGGAUUAAAGAGAAGGAAUUGGAACUCCAAAUCUAUCCGUUGCAGUAUCUAAUGCGACGUUUGUUACAAACUCUGAAGGAGCGUGAUAACAACGACAUUUUUGCCGAUCCGGUUGACAUCAGCCAAGUCCCCGACUAUCUCGAUUUUAUACAACAACCGAUGGACUUUUCGACAAUGCAGAACAAGUUGGACGCUGGGCAAUAUCCAACGCUGGAAGCUUUCGAAAAAGAUUUCAACCUGAUGAUCCACAAUUGCACUGUCUAUAAUGCACAGCACACCAUGUAUUAUAAGCAAGCAAUCAAGCUCAAAGAAGGUGCUCAGGUUCUAUUUAAACAACUUCGAAAGGAUUUGGAAACAUUAGUCAUCAGCAACAACAAUUGCGACAGUAGCAGCAACUUAACUCCACUGCCACCGUCGGAAAUAAGUCAACCUGAAAGCAAAGUCGAAGAAAUCGAUAAGUACGUCUCGGAAAAGUAUCGUGAAUCUGAUACCCUUGAACAGCAGCUUUCGAAACUCGAAGAAUUCCUGCGUAAAGCUCAACAAAUGCCAACUGGACCCCUCAAAGUUAAACGAAUCCGAAUUUUGAGAAACGAAUUGGCCAAAGUUCGUAGGAAAUUGUCUUUGCAAGCUGGCGGGAGAGCGGCUGCUACCCGGAGCAGCAGUAGCAGUCCAUCGAAAUCACGACCUGAAAAUGAAACACGUGAUGAAGGCAGCAGUGACUCGGAUUCGAGCGGAAGUAGUAGCAGCGGGAGUAGCAGCAGCAGCAGCAGCAGUAGCAGUAAAAGCAGCAGCGAUUCUAGUAUUGCUGGUCCUCCAGUCAAGGCUUCGCCUCGAUCCGUAGCGGCCGCCCGUCAACUAAAGAUUGAUCACUUUAUCACCCGAACGCCCAAAACGGAUUCGGAUGAAAAGAGCACGCCAUCCAUUACAAAUAAGAAUCGAUUAGUUGCUAAAGUCCUGAAACGUAAUUCUACUCCGGCAUCUACAUCUAUCGCAUCGACCCCUGUUGCCGUUGCGGCAAUUCCAGUAGCAGCAGUGCCAGUAACGCCGGAAUUGGAGACGAUCGUUCCUCCAGUUCCAGUAACUCCAGUAAAAAUCAGCUCCGUGAAUCCGCAACAGCUGACUGGGUCUCCAUCGGGUGUCAAUAGACGAACAGCGGUGCUUUUCACCAAGAAAGCAGCUGCCGCAGCGGCUUUCAAGAAGCCUGAACCAUCCGGAAGCACUUCGCCACCUAGACGGGCAGGUGGAAGGCCGCGAAAAGUUUCAGAAAAUAGUACUUCUCAACCAGGACCCAGUGGCACCAACACCAGUGCAUCCACCAAUUUAUUUGUGGCAGCUGCAGUUGCAGCUACGGAUCUAAACAAAAGGAAGAAGCAAAAGCAUCCAGAAAGUGACAAGCUAUUUGCUUCGGUUCAGCAGCCUGGAGCUAUUCACCUUCCCAACAUUGAGAGUGAAAGUUUCAAAGUUUAUCGCACCAACAGAUUAGACGACGAAGAGGAUUCACAUCGAGGAUCGAGUGAAUCGUCUGGGAGUGAAGGGAGCAGCAGUGGAAGCAGUAGCAGUAGUGAUUCGGAUUCUGGCGAUGAAUCUGAUCGCCAGUCAAGUGACGAUAGUUCAGCAUCUCCUCCUCGACAUCAGCAUAGUUCUACUUCACUUUUGCCUUGUAAUUUGAUUCCACUACAGCCACUUGAUCUCGUUUGGGCGAAGUGUCGAGGUUAUCCCUGGUAUCCAGCUCUGAUUGUCGAUCCUUCCUGGCCCAGGAGUGGUUAUGUACAUAAUGGAGUCCCCAUCGCCAUACCACCCGAAGAAGUUCUCUUAAUGGGAGCUGGAGUUCAACCACCAGCCUUUCUGGUUUUAUUCUUCGAUGCCAAACGGACUUGGCAAUGGUUGCCCAGAGAUAAGUUGGAGCCACUUGGAGUGGAUCCUGAUCGUGAUAAAGCGAAACUGAUUGAAUCCAAGAAGCAGACGGAACGUAAGGCCGUCAAGAAAGCUUUCGAAGAGGCUAUUUUGCACCAGUGUAGAGUGGCUGGGCAAAGCAGUGCCCUAUCCGAAGAUUCCGAUUCGAGUCACUGAACGUUUAUUUUCUUAUUUUUAACCUUCAUAAAAUUCUUUGUUUGAUAACCCAUCUCGCUUUGCUCCAUUUCAUGCGAGUAUUUCAAACACGUGUGUUCUCAUUGAUGCAAACUCAUUUUUUUAAAUAAAAAAAACGAAAGAUUGAAAUGAAA